AUUUCUCUUCUCCAUGGACACCACGGUGGACACGCCCCUGUGGUCUGAAACGUGUACUUCCUCGUUUUUCUCCCGUUACUACAGUGACCACUCAGCACCGUCUCCGGUUGGCAGAGCCGUCAUGACGUCAGGGCGGUAUCGGGAAUUCCUCUCCCUGUAGGGUCUCGUUGGUGUGACGGCGAACCGGAGCCUCUCAGACACCGCCGCGAGGAAGCAUCACGUACUGUGUACACGUGAGCCGAGAAGUUUACCGAGCUUCCUGCCCCAUGUUUUCAUUUGAGCCCCGGUCAGCGGCUCGAGGAGUGGUGUGUCCGCGUGGUUAUAAGGUUUGAUGACAACAUUUAGACGCGAGACAACAUGGUCAGCUGCAUCUUCAUCUGCAUUUCCUGCUCAUAAUCACAACAUCAGAGAGCUGUGCUGCCACUAAGGGCCGACUGAAUGUCUACCAUGUUUCCUGAUGCCCUCGAAGCAGCAGGGCGGGUUGAGGGCCUGCCCCUGUCUUCCCCACAACCACUUCCAGAGCUUGAAGAAGAGGACGCAGAAGCAUCGGCACAGAGUGGGCAAAAGAGAAGAGGCCGCUACCGCAAGAGUCUGCAGCUUCUAAAGCCCUUCAGGAUAACACACAAGCAUCAGCACCCAGUCGAUAAUGCCGGCCUCUUCUCAUUUAUGACCCUUCACUGGCUUUCCCCCCUGGCAUGGAAGGCCUACAAGAUGUCCAGCUUGACUAUAGAUGAUGUGUGGGGACUGUCUUGCCAUGAAGCCUCUGAAUUCAACUGCCAAAGGCUCGAAACCUUGUGGCACGACGAACUGAAAAGACGGGGGCGAGAGGGAGCGUCCCUGACCAGAGUCUUCUGGAGGUUCUGCCAAACCCGCAUGUUGGUGGCCGUCUUUUCUCUCCUCCUGACAAUGGUGGCAGGCUUCGUUGGGCCUGCUCUCAUGGUACGCGCCCUGCUGGAGUAUUCCCAGAGCGCACAGAGCAACGUGCUGUACGGCCUGUCCCUCGUAGUCGGGAUCUUCCUCAUGGAGUUGAUGCGCUCCUGGUCUCUGGCGCUCAUGUGGGCCGUCAACUACCGCACUGCUGCACGCCUCAGAGGGGCAGCUCUCACUUUUGCCUUUAAUAAGAUCCUCAGACUACGCAGCACUAAAGACAUCAGCCCGGGAGAGCUGAUCAACAUAUGCACUAGUGACGGCCAGCGGCUGUAUGAAGCUGUGUCGAUGGGCUGCCUGCUGGCCGGGGGCCCCUUGGUGGGAAUACUGGGUCUCUCCUACACUGCGUUCUUCCUGGGCCCAACUGCGCUGAUGGGUUCGACUGUUUUCAUCCUGUUCUACCCUGUCAUGAUGCUCGCAUCCAGGCUGACAGCAUAUUUCCGAAAGAAGUGUGUGUUUGUGACUGACCGGCGCGUGAGGCUCAUGAACGAGAUACUGGGCUGCAUAAAGUUCAUCAAGAUGUAUUGUUGGGAGGAUGCAUUUGCGCAGAAUAUUCACAAGGUGCGAUCAGAAGAGAGGGGGAUAUUGGAGAAGGCUGGAGUCGUUCAGAGUCUCACAGUGGGCGUGGCUCCCAUUGUUGUGGUGAUAGCAAGCGCGUGCACUUUCACCCUACAUAUGGCUCUUGGUUAUGACCUAACUGCAGCUGAGGCUUUCACCGUGGUUGCAGUUUUCAACUCCAUGACCUUUGCCCUCAAAGUCACACCAUUGGCAGUGAGGUCACUGUCAGAGGGUGCUGUGGCAGUGAAAAGAUUUCAGAGGCUCUUUAUGAUGGAGGACAGAGAGGUCGUUUUGGUCAAAAUGGACGACCCCAGCAAUGCACUGGAAUUUCAGGACGCCACGCUAGCUUGGGAAAAAGCUCGUACCCCAGCUGCAAAGCCCAACCAGCCCCACAAGAAGGGCAGAGGAAUGAGACGUGUGCUGCGCAGGGAAAAGCUCAGCCUUUAUAUCAACACCGAUGAUAACAAAGGAAACAAGGAGAGUCCCACUGCGCAAAGUCUCCUCACGAAUAUGGAGCAGGAGAGUCCUCAAAGCACCAUCUCCUCCACUCAGAGCAUACGACCUCCAUUGCACAAGACCCUGCACCGCAUUGACCUGCGAGUCAAGACGGGUUCACUGGUUGGAAUCUGCGGAGGUGUUGGUAGUGGAAAAAGCUCUCUUCUGUCUGCUCUGCUGGGUCAGAUGACCCUGUUAGAGGGAAAUGUUGCUGCUAGCGGCGGAUUUGCUUAUGUGUCACAACAAGCCUGGAUCCUUAAUCACUCGCUGAAGGAGAACAUCGUUUUUGGAAAUGAGUUCGACCGAGACAGAUAUAAUGCUGUCCUGGAGGCCUGCUGUCUUCUUCCAGAUCUUGCAGAGCUCCCAUAUGGAGACAUGACCGAGAUAGGAGAGAGAGGUGCCAAUCUAAGUGGAGGGCAGCGUCAGAGAGUGAGCCUGGCUCGUGCUCUCUACAGUGAUCGGCCCAUACUUCUCCUGGACGAUCCUCUCAGCGCUGUUGAUGCUUGCGUGGGCUCCCAUGUCUUCCACAAAGCUAUCAAGGGUGUCCCCAAAGUCAAGACCGUGCUCUUUGUAACCCACCAGCUCCAGUAUCUGUCUGAGUGCGACAACAUCAUUCUCAUGAAGGAUGGGCAGAUUUCCGAGUGCGGCACCCAUUCUCAGUUAAUGGCCAAAGAGCGUGACUAUGCCACCCUGUUCACCAGCAUGCAACAGGAGAAUCAAGUUAAAGAGAACUUAAAAAACAAACAGAAGACCGUAGCUGUAGAAAAGGCUGACAGUGCUGUUGAUGUCGCCAAGGUUGGACUAAAGGUGGAGAUCCCUAAAGGAAAACAAAUGAUGAAAGCUGAGGAGAAGGGCUCGGGUGCAGUCGCCUGGUCUGUGUACGGUGCCUACAUCAAAGCAGCAGGAGGUCCAAUAAUCUUCGUCAUCAACAUCUUCCUCUUCUUAGCCACCACCGGCAGCAUAGCCUUUAGUAACUGGUGGCUGAGCUACUGGAUCAGACAGGGCAGUGGGAACACAUCAUUAAUCUCGGUGAAUGAAACAAUGGCGAGCAACAGCAUGAGACUCAACCCAAACAUUCAGUAUUAUUCUGCUGUUUACAUCGGAUCCAUGGGAGUGGCAUUACUGCUGAAGACGAUGAGAGGCCUGGUGUUCGUUAAGUCCACCGUGAAGGCUGCCUCCGUGCUCCACGACAAGCUGUUCCACCGGCUCCUGCUCAGCCCAAUGCACUUCUUUGAUACAACACCUCUGGGCCGCAUCCUGACCCGCUUCUCCAGAGACAUGGAUGAGGUUGAUGUGCGACUCACCAUGCAAGCUGAAAUGCUGCUACAGAACCUGACUCUGGUGCUGUUUUGCUUGGGGAUGGUGGGCAUCGUCUUCCCCUGGUUUCUGAUUUCCAUCUUUCCACUGGGAGCCUUCCUCUGCGUUGUCAACCAUGUCUCAAGGGUUCUUAUUCGUGAGCUGAAGCGCCUGGAGAACAUCAGCCAAUCACCAUUCACCUCUCAUAUCACCAGCAGUCUGCAGGGACUCUCCACAAUCCACGCCUAUGGCAGAGGGCAAGAUUUCCUCCAAAGAUAUCAGGAAUUACUCGACACCAACCAGGCCACCAACUACCUCUUCAGUUGUGCCAUGCGCUGGAUGGCUGUCCGUCUGGACCUCAUCAGCAUCUCGCUUAUCACUGCUGUAGCACUCCUUAUCGUCCUCAUGCACAAUCAGAUACCUCCAGCCUACGCAGGCCUGGCCAUAUCAUAUGCAGUGCAGCUGACUGGCUUGUUCCAGUUCACGGUGCGGCUCCUCACAGAGACUGAAGCUCGGUUUACAUCAGUGGAGAGGAUCAAUCAUUACAUAAAGACUCUGGAGAAAGAAGCACCCAGACAGAGUCCUGAGGGAGGCGCUCCUGCCCCCUCCUGGCCCCAGCAGGGUAAAAUCACCUUCAAGGAUGUGGAUAUGCGUUAUCGUGACGAUCUGCCGCUUGUGCUGAAGAAUCUGUCCUUCACCAUCCUGCCUGGAGAGACCAUCGGCAUUGUGGGCCGCACAGGAUCAGGAAAGUCUACUUUGGGUGUCGCUCUGUUCAGACUGGUGGAGCUCACUGGAGGAUCUAUUGUCAUUGACGGGAUCAAUAUCUCACAGAUUGGUCUGAAUGACCUGCGGAGCAAGCUAGCCAUCAUUCCUCAGGAGCCGGUGCUGUUCAUCGGGACAGUCAGGACUAAUUUAGACCCGUGGGAUCAAUACUCGGAUUCUCAGAUAUGGGAAGCUCUGGAGGAGACACAUAUUAAAGAAAUGGUCAGCCAGCUGCCUCAUUCGCUGCAAUCAGAGGUGACAGAGAAUGGGGAGAACUUCUCAGUGGGAGAACGACAGCUUCUCUGUGUGGCCAGAGCACUUCUGCGAAGCAGCAAGAUUCUGAUAUUAGAUGAAGCAACUGCAGCCAUCGACACUGAGACAGAUCGCCUCAUCCAGGAGACUAUUAGCACCGCGUUUGGCUGCUGCACCACCCUCAUCAUCGCCCACCGUCUCAACACGGUGAUGAGCUGCAGCAGGGUCAUGGUCCUGGACAACGGACAGGUUUUGGAGUUUGACACCCCUGCUGCCUUGCUGGCAGAUGAAAAAUCAAGAUUCAGAGCCAUGAUCGAAGCCUCAGAAAACCAAAGCAGAUAAAAGACACUGGAGCUGAACUCUGGAAGUGAGCACUGACACCACAUAAUAUUCAGGGGAAACACCUCAAGUGCACAAAAAAACAUUAAAAUCCAUCCUUCCAUGAUGUGAAAGUGUUGAGAAAUGCUGGCUCCGCUCUGUGUAACCAUGUCUAUUUUCAAACCAAAGAACAAGGGACCACACUUCCACACAUAAAACCUAACUAUGCAAACACAGACGUAACAGCCUCCUGCUCUUGUGACACAACAGUUAGUCUAAGGAGGCAUAAUGGCUUAGCUGUACAGGACCAAGAGCAAUGACUCUGACAAUAGCACUUUAUGUUUCAUGUGGACACAUGGAAAGACGUGAUACUUCCUCUUAAUAUGGAGGUCAGUGAGCCUCAGAGCUAGUUUAAGUUAUUUUAUUUCUUUAUCUAAGACCUCACAGUGCAGGCCUUUACUGUAAUAACUGUCGAGUUACAACUUCUUAUUGAUUACUCAACAUAGUUUUUCUGAAAACCUCACCUAUUAAUCAUUCCUAGUGUGGGAGAUACUGUCUAACGCUAGCUAAAAAUAUUUCACUGUUUCUAUGUUUUAUGCACGUAGCUCAAUGUUAUAAUGCAGUAAUUUCAGGAAAUUAUUGCUGAUGCAAUAUGUGCCUAGAGCUGUAAACCUUUCAGGUCGUUUAAUGGAGUUAGCCAUGUACGCAUGCUUUGUUUUGUUUUUUUAGACUGCAUGCAGGUACUGUGUUUUGGAGUAAGCUAAUGUUUCCUCUUGAUCCAAAUGCUGGAGUUUAAAAUCUGCACAUUUUACACUGAUGGCAAUGUUUGUACCGACAAAGUAUUGCCAGUGUGAAAAAAAAUUAAAGCUGCAGUGAAGGUUGAAAAAACCAUGGUACAUAUUAUGUGAUGUGCAACAAAGCUAAAAAUGAGCAACAUCAGGAUGUGUCUUCAAUGUUGUGUUUUUUCAUAAAGCUGGGGAUUGUAAACUUCUGCCUUAUAAUCAAGUAUGUGCUGAACAAUCAUUAAGAGUGCAAUAUCUUUUUAUUGCAUCAAUAUAUUUUUUUCAAGAUUGCCUUUGUACACUUGAGAUUUUAAUGUUGCAAUUUUGUUCUUUUUUAAUGUUUAAUGUUUUGUCUGUUUUUAUUUUCAAUAAAAAUGUUUUCUAUA